AUGGCGCUUCGUAGAACUCUAGCAAAACAUCUCAUCAAAGAUCAAACACCGACCAACACUGCCUUGAAUGCCGCCAAAUCAUAUUUUCAUCGUAAGCCUUUGAUGUUACCGGAAAAGUCAUCUACCGCCAUUGAAGCCGGAGGAUUCUUCCGCCGAUUCCUUCAACGGAGAAAAAUUAACCAGUCGUCGACACUGAACUUGCCGGAGUUGUUUUUCCUUCCUAUUGGGGAGACAUUGAGGGAGAAGUUGAAAAUUUCUGGUGGAGAACGACUCAGGCUUGACGAUCUAAGAAAUCCAACGGUUUCUGCCAAUUCCUUCGGAAUAUCCGUGAACGACGCAAGGAAAAUCAUGAGGUCUUCCCAGUUGCAGAAGGUGAGAUCUGCGUUGAAACAGAUCCCGACCAACUCCAUUACCUACUCCGAAUUUCUCACCGUCUGCAUUGACAUUUGUACCAAUCAUGAGCAAGGUCUAGAGUUCUCCAAAACGUUAGAUCAAGCUGGAGACGUCAUCAUCUUGGGCAACGUUGUGUUCCUCCGUCCCGAUCAGUUAGCAAAAUCAAUGGAGAAAGUGAUAUUACAAACUAUGGCGAUUCCAAAUGACCCAAGAAAACAGCAACUCGAAGAACUGGAGCAGCAAAAGGCGUUCAUUGAUAAACAAUCGCUAUCCCAAGUUCGUGGUGAGCUUUAUUGUGGUCUCGGUUUUCUAAUCAUUCAAACAUUGGCGUUUAUGAGGCUAACGUUUUGGGAACUUAGUUGGGAUGUGAUGGAACCCAUCUGUUUCUUCGUUACGUCUUUUCAUUUUGCACUUGCCUACAUGUUUUUCCUACGGACAUCAAAAGAGCCCACUUUUGAAGGCUACUUUCAACGUCGCUUUAAAACAAAGCAAAGGAAGCUCAUGAAGGUGCACAAUUUUGAUCUUCAAAAAUAUAACGAGCUUCGUGAGGCCUUUUAUCCGGCUAACCCAAAUAGGUUCGUGGUCUCUUCGGGCUAUCAAGAUUCGGGUCAUGGAGGAAGCUCAGAUACGGUUUUUGGUUAA